AUGAUUGUACAGGUGACUGUUCAGUUUGAUAAAGCUCAAGCUAAUUGUGGAAUUGAUGUAUCACAACCUGUCGCUACUGUAAUCAAGGCGUUAUGCCUUGAACAUUUCAAUAUCCAAGAACCUGCCGCACUAUAUGCAUUGAGGUUGCAGGACACAAAGGAACUCAUAACUGACGAAAAUUUUCGGCGCAAAGUUACCGAGAAUGAACGUUUAAAAUUAGUUUCUUCACCAGUUAUUGAAGCAGCUGAAAUUUGUGAGAAAAUAGGAUCGAAUGAUGAUAAACUUUUGAAACAGACUACAUUUGAUCUACAAAAACUCAUUAGGGAAGUGGAGUUUGUUGAUGAAUUUUUAAAAAGAGGGGGGUUGAAAUCCCUAAUGGAAACUAUAAACACAGCUAGCGGAAAUACCUUAGCAUAUGCCUUAACAUCAAUGCAAAAUCUAAUGGAGCAUGAUCACGGUUGGGAAAAUCUUGAUUCUUUUUUCAUUAAUAAGGUCAUUAAAAUUCUCGUCAGACAAACACUUGUAAACAUUUGUCGUCCUGCGACAGCCAUCAUUAUAAAAUUGGUUACCGCCGAUAAAAACUCAACCACCUCACCAAUUCGAUGCUAUGGUUUUGAUGUAUUGCACGAGGCAAUGUUACUUCAACCGAAUUUUAUGGCGACUUUGGUACAACGAUUGGCUUCGGCGGAUUAUGUUCUGUGUUUGAACAGCUUGUGUUUAAUCAAUGCCCUCAUGCGCCAUGUAACAGAUCAAUAUUGGGAAUCUUUUAUGGACAUGCUGGAUAAAUUGUCUGUUAGAAAAGCUGUUGCGCUUCUUAUGAAUGGACAUCCUGGCGAAGAAUUAUCUAAGCAUCUUUUAGAAUUUCAAUCACUCUUUGUUCGACAAGCUUAUCGAUGGAAACGUACUCAAGUAUCACUUCAUAUUCCUUCGCAUAAAGCGAUUUUGGAAGAACUUUGGACAUCAGCAAAUCUAUCAGAUGAAGGCUCAAAAUGGAGAAAAAUUGGAUUUGCUACCGAGGCCCCAAAAUGGGAAAUCCAACGAGUUGGAUAUUUGGGUUUGGAUAAUAUGCACAGCUUUAUGAAACGUGAUACCGAGUAUUAUCAAAAGACUUUAUUAGAACAAAUUAAUCGCCCAGUCGAGCGUCGCUGUCCUUUUGCAAAAACGUCGAUUGAAGUAACAGAAUUAUUGUGUGACUAUUGGGAUGUAAGCACCGGAUAUACUACAUCAACUUCAUUUCAACCACUUCUUUUAUCUUUUGAAAAAAUCCACUAUAUUACUGUAAAAUCAUUUUUCCGCAUGUGGCACGAAAUGGAAGCUACUGUCGAAGAUUUUCCUAAAGUUUCCGCGCUAGUACGCAGCCAAUUAAAAUUUGCGUUACGUGAUGAAGCUACCAAACAAUUGUACGAAUUCGAGAAAGAUAUGCUAGAAGUCGAGUAUAAAGUUAUUAGAGAUAGACAAUUAAAAGAAUUGGAAUUAGGUGACGAUUUAUUGAGCAAAACUCCUGUUAGAAAUUUACGGGGAAGAUUGUACGCGGAAUCAUAUGAAUUCGUGAAAUCACAAAGAAUUAGGUGCCUUCUAUUGGGUGCCUGGUUUCAAAUAUUGACGCCUACUACAGUGCCAUCCGGAAAUCAGAAUCAUGGGCGUCGUUCUUACUCAAAUAAGAAGUGGCGAUUCUAUCGGUUGAGUCCAAAUAUCAAGUUUCUUCAUUAUGGCGAUUUUAUGGACAAGUGUGAAGUAAGAGAUGGACUGGAAGAUUUGCCCGAACGAAUUGACCUUACUUUGGUCACCGACGUAAUAACGGGGUAUUCCAAUCAACUAUCUUCCGUAUCUGGAUCUCCACCUCGCACUAAAUCCCUCCACUCAACAAACGAUCUGACAUUUUCGCUAAUGUCAGGACCAGACACUUCUCUCGCCGAUUUUGCUGCACUGAAUCACAUUCAAUAUUCCGAAUGGACGGACGGUUUCAACAUGCUAUUCGAUAAAAAUAUUGGCAGUAGGGAUACCGCCGAGUUUAUUCAUGUCUUAACGGAAAUUGGGGUCAGAGUUAAAUUACUCGAUUUAAGUGGUGAGCGUGUGGAAAUCCCGCAGACUGUUGAAGUACCAAGCGAGCUACCGGUUGUAGGGCCAAAUGGACGUGGAUUUUUUUAUGACGAUCCAUUUGCGUAA